AUGCUCGCAUCUAUCUAUCGAUCUAUCUAUCUAUCUAUCUAUCUAUCUAUCUAUCUAUCUAUCUUUUCAUAUCUUUAUAUUUCUCUAACAGUCUUUUCAUAUCUAUCUAUCUAUCUAUCUAUCUAUCAGUUUUCAGCUGAGUAUGCUCGCAUCUAUCUAUCUAUCUAUCUAUCUAUCUAUCUUUUCGUACCUUUAUAUUUCUCUAACAGUCUUUUCAUAUCUAUCUAUCGAUCUAUCUAUCUAUCUAUCUAUCUAUCUAUCUAUCUAUCAUCUUUUCAUAUCUAUCUAUCUAUCUAUCUAUCUAUCUAUCAGUUUUCAGCUGAGUAUGCUCGCAUCUAUCUAUCUAUCUAUCUAUCUAUCUAUCUAUCUAUCAUAUGCUCGCAUCUAUCUAUCUAUCUAUCUAUCUAUCUAUCUAUCUUUUCAUACCUUUAUAUUUCUCUAACAGUCUUUUCAUAUCUAUCUAUCUAUCUAUCUAUCUAUCUAUCUAUCUAUCUAUCUAACAGUCUUUUCAUACCUUUAUAUCUCUCUAACACUCUUUUCAUAUCUAUCUAUCUAUCUAUCUAUCUAUCUAUCUAUCCACAGACACACACACAUAUACAUAUAUGUAGUAUCUAUCUAUCUAUCUAUCUAUCUAUCUAUCUAUCUAUCUAUCUUAGUCUGUUCCUAUCUAUCUAUCUAUCUAUCUAUCUAUUAAUCUAUCUAUCUAUCUAUCUAUCUAUCUAUCUAUACAAUAAGUCUACUAUUCCCAUUUUAUUCUUUUCUUUCAUUCUUUUCUUUCUUUCUUUCUUUCUUUCUUUCAUUUUAUCCAUAUUUUAUUAUUUUCCAAAUUUCUUUUUCUUUCUUUCUUUCUUUCUUUCUUUCAUUUUAUCCUUAUUUUAUUCUUUACUAAAUUUCUUUCUUUCUUUCUUUCUUUCUUUCUUUCUUUCUUUCUUUCAUUUUAUCCUUAUUUUAUUCUCUUCUUUCUUUAAUUCUUUCAUUUUAUCCAUUUUAUUCUUUUCUUUCUUUCUUUUCUUUCUUUCUUUCAUUUUAUCCAUAUUUUAUUAUUUUCCAAAUUUCAUUUUCUUUCUUUCUUUCUUUCUUUCAUUUUAUCCUUAUUUUAUUCUUUUCUUUCUUUCUUUCUUUCUUUCUUUCUUUCUUUCUUUCUUUCUUUUAUCCAUAUUUUAUUCUUUACUAAAUUUCUUUCUUUCUUUCUUUCUUUCUUUCUUUCUUUCUUUCAUUUUAUCCUUAUUUUAUUCUUUUCCAAUUUUCUUUCUUUCUUUUUAUCCAUAUUUUAUUCUUUUCUAA